AUGGGGAAAUCCACACAAACAAAAGGCAUCAAAAGCCUUGCAGAGCAGCUUGCCGAUCUUGACGACCCUACGCCGAAAGAUUUCGAUCCCGAAGAUCCAGAUGCAGGCCAACGAGGCUCUGACGACGAAUCGGACUCGGAAGUAGACGAGGAUGCAGGCCGUGGACACUAUCAGCGCGUUGGCAAGAGCAAAUUGCGCAAGCCCGAUACCCUUACUCUCGGAAAGGAAUAUUACGGAUCGCGAGUGAGCAGGGAUGCAUUGGAGGACGCGAGCGACGACGACGAUCCGUUUCAGCGCCAUGAAUCAGACGAGAGUGAGGAGGAGGAUCUCGACGAGCAUGAUGAUGAUCUAAUUGACAACGAAGACGAGGAUCUUUCCGAGGACGAGGCUAAUGAGGAUGAAGAUGAUGAAGGGGUGGACGAACUCGACAGUGAUGCAGAAAUCGAGCAUGAUUCAGAGGACCAAAGCGAUGGCAGUGAUGAUCUCUCUACGUCGGAUGAAGAAGAUACUGCACCUCGUGCAGCCACUGGCACUGCAUCUAACGACCGAGACGAAUUACGCAGACUGAUGACCACGGAUCAAAAAAGCGUCGCCGCAACUAUUUCUCAAGCUGCGAAAGCGGACGCGACCAAAGGAUUGGGGGUUAGGAAACAGCGACUGACUUUUGAUGCCCUCCUCAACGCAAGAAUAAAACUGCAAAAAGGGUUGGCUGUUGUGAAUGACCUGCCCAACCGACUGGAUGAGGAAGCAAACAGCGCUGAUGACGAUGCGAUAAAAUCUGCCGAGUCCGCUGCUCUGGCCCUGUGGUCUACUUUGGAAACAUUGCGUCUCGCUCUUGCAGAUGUACACUCCAGGGACGAUUCAAAGAAGAGAAAAAGGCUUUCGGCUGCAUCGAUUACUUCUCCCGAAUCAUUAUGGCAGCGGAUGCAGGAUCUGGAAGUAGAAUCCCAGAUCCAUCGUCGUGCCGUACUUGAGAAAUGGAAUCACAAAGUACGCGGGACAAACGCGAACCUACCAAACGCAAGAGGAAAACUUCUUGGAAAUUCCGACAAACAAUCGAUUACAGCAGUACUUGAUUCCCACAUUGGGUCCGAGAUUAGUGACCGCGCGUCGAAGAAACAGCGUACGAACGGUUCCUCUGACACUCACGAACAGCUCGUUUAUGACGAUGCCGCUUUUUACCAGUCUCUUCUUCGUGACUUGGUCGAGCAGCGCAUGUCUUCGUCGGAUGCCGUCACGAAUGGGCUCGACUCUCUGCAUUUGCAGCUCCCCACUCACCGCACCUCAGGGAUGCGCAAAGACAAAGUUCACAAGGACGUCGACACCAAAGCGUCCAAGGGCCGCAAGAUGCGGUACAACGUACACGAGAAGCUGCAGAACUUCAUGGCGCCGGAAGACCGCGGCUCUUGGACAGGGCGAGCCCGAGACGAGUUUUUCGCUUCGCUGUUGGGCAAAAGUGCGAGUGGAUUGCUCGGCGAGUCGGAUGAAGAGGGCGAUGCGAAUGGGGUGACUGGGGCUGCGUCAGACGAGGAAGAUGUGGAGGAGGGCGGUUUGAGACUCUUUAGAAGCUAG